AUGGCGCGCGGAUCGCUCGCCGCCGACUCCGCCGCGGUCUACAAGAACGUGGGGCAGUUCAAGGCGGCGCUCGACAAGUUUGCAUUCGUCAACAGGGCGCAGUUCCUGCGGGUGGUCAAGGACGGGGCCAUAGAGGGCACCAGCCCGUGCCCCAACAUCCCUUCCACACGGGCUCUUCCGUUCGCGCAGCACUUCGGUCUCGUGGAGAACGAGUGUGAGUGCUCCCGCUGCGGGGCAGACUCCAGCCUCUGCCUCCAGAACAACCGCGGCGUUCCUGGCUGGCGUUGGCGCGGCCCGCGGUACGACGACGCGUGCGAGUGCUGCAGGGGCAGGGAGAAGCGCGUGGGCGUCGGGGGCUUCUUUGAUGGCGUUGACGGGUCGAACUGGCUGAGCAAGCUUGACGCCAUGAUGAUGUGGGUGCUCGGCUAUGACCGCGGCACGAUCGUGGAGGGGGAGAGGGAGUCUGAGCGCACCUCCCACCGGACCGUCGAGCGCUGGACCGACGAGUUCCAGCGGGCUGCUUGCAAACGCGUCGAUGAACCUGCGGCCUUCGAGACAAAGCGCCGCGGCCAGGCUUCGAAGAAGAGGGAGCUUCCAAUGAAGGGGCCCAUGAAGAAGCCCACGAGGGGGCGCAUUAAGAAGCCUCCAAUGAAGCCCAAGUUCGCGAAGCAGGCCGAUGGGGAACGCGGGGCGCGGUGCGCGGGAGGCUCCAAUUCGUUCGUCUUCCGCGUGCUGGGCCACCCCGCGGGCGCCCUGGGCGGCCGCCCCCGCGGCGCGAAGGAGAUGGUGGCGAACCUCAGGCUGAUCGGGCUCAGGAAGGACGACGUCUUUGCGAGCGACAGGCUCCGCGCAGAGAACGGCUGGCCGCGCACCCGGCCGCCGCACGAGAUCGUCAACCAUCCGGAGGGCGAGGUCGCGGGCGCCAGCGGGUACUCCGCAAACGCCAUCGAGGCGAAGCGGGGCGUGGUGAAGCGAGAGAAGUUGGACUGGGAUUCGAUCGAGAUGGAGUUCGUGCCGUCGGGGAGGUGCGCGCUGUGCGCGUCACUGAAGUACAAAACCCAGUAUGGUUUCGGGCAGUGGCCUCGCCGCAGCAGGGGCGCCGCGGCGUGCUGCGGCUCGAGAUCUGCCCGAGACCCGCCCGAGGUCGGCUGGCCUGGACAGCUCGAGCGAAGGAUGAGCCUCUCCACCAGCUUCGGCGUCCUCUGCCAGGUCGACUGUGCCGCUGGCCCCGGCUCCGCCGGCAGGGGCUGCGGUGGCGAGCUGGACGAGGAUGGAGACUUGGACGAGCCUCUGGAGGAGCCCUGGACUCCGCAGAGGAGCCGGUCUGGACUGGUCAGCUACUCCGCCGACAGCCACGCCCCGCUGCUCGAGCCUCCGGUCCGGUCGGGCCAGGUGUGGCACCUGCGGAACGGCGGGCGGGACAUCGCCCAGACCACCCUGACCCUGCACCCCAACGGCUUCUGCGUCUCCGACGAGCCCGCGGGGCCGGAGGCCGAUGCCACCAGUCAGUCCACACCGCCGACGGCCAUGAAGGUGGC